UACUAGUUUAGUUCAGUCAUCUCACUUCAUCGCCGAAACCAGUUUGAAGAAACAACGUCGUCUGGGGAUAUUGGUUCGGGAUGGCGCUCCAGAUGUGGAUAUCUGGCCUGCUGGUCCUCGCCUCAAUGGUCUCCCCGGCUGAGGCAAUGAACUUGUACGACCCUAAACUGUGUUACAUCCUGGAUGGCUUCCUCGGCAUUUAUGGCCUCAUCAUCACUGCCAUGUUCAUCAAAGAGAAGUUCUUCAAAUCGAAAGCGAAGAUGGAGGAGGAGGGCUUAUACAGUGACCUGAAAGGUCAGGAUCCAGGUACUUACGAGCCACUGAGAACGGGAGACCCCGAGAGAGGAAGAAACCGCAGGGUAGCUGAUGACGCCACGUACACGGGCCUGAACAAACGCACAGAUGGAGAAUAUAAGGAGCUUCCUCUGAAGCGUCCAAAAAAGAACGAACAGGUUUACCAGGGUCUGAGUUCGGCCACCAGGGACACCUACGACUCCCUCCAGAUGCAAUCGCUUCCACCUCGCUAAGAAGCCACCAAAGAGCUGCUGAUGAGCCCCGUCCAGACGUCUGCUCCAGAGAUUAUUCAUGGGAAUUUUCACACCAACUGAGAACAGCUUGAGCAUCUUUGUUUUACUUUGAAGAUAUUAAGGUUUGCCAAGUUUAUAAUAAGUCUGUAAAUGGACUGAAAAUUUUAGCCUUUCUCAGACUUUAUAUUUAACAAAACAUCUGGAAGGUCUGUUUUCCAUCAGACUUCAAACGUGCAUUUAAAAUUUGUCUUUUUAAUGACUUAAUGUCCAAUAUUUUACAAAUAUUUUUACACAUUCAAUAGUGAUCAACUGAGAUCCAACUUUUCAUUCUUUUUUUACCUAACUUUUUUGCAGUUUUAUAGCUUGACCUUUUGAAGUAUAUUAGUACAUAACGAGUUAAUAUCCAAUGUCUAUCUGACUGUAAUGCAAAUUUAAGACCCAUAAAGACAACAUAGUAAAAACCAGUACGACAUGUACUGGAAUUUAAACAAAUUUAAAUUUGAAAUAAAUUUUUGUGCUUUUUUUUAAAACAAAUAUUCAUAUUAUGUUGUGUAGUAUUAUGAAAUCUUUUUAACUGUUUACAACUACAUUACAGUGAUUUAUGAAACGUUUAUUAAUUAAUUACUAUACAGUCACUAUACAGUGAACUAAUACCAAUUUUUAUUUUUAUUCAUUUUACUUGUUGUUUUAUUUUAUUUACUUUAAAUAUAAAAAAAAAUCAUAAGAGUUUUCAAGAAUUCCAGGAUUCAGGAAAUCAGAGUUGGAACGAUUAAUCAUUUAAUUGAUUACCUGAUUAAAAGAAUGUUCAAUUCUUUUACAUUUUUAACACAUUUUUAGAUUUUGGAUUAAAUCAUCGGUGCUGUCGGAUGUAAUAACUGGUAUUAGAGGCUUGAAACUUACUCGGUGACAUAUCCGACCUCUAUAAAUUUUCACAUUCACGUAGAAAAAAAAAGCUUACAUGAUUAUUUCUGAAUCCAUAUUGAGUAUGUUAUGACCUGGUUCUCAGUUUAAAACUGUAAACAAACAAACUGCAGUUUGUACCUUGUUUACAUAGGUUGUUUAAUUUAACACAGUUAUAUAUCAGGGUAUUUGUUGUGGAUUAAUAGCACAGUUCAAAGAUUUUUAAGGCUGAAACACCUUUAAAACUGAUCCAAAGCGAAUUUAUGAGAAAAAAUAAUGUAGAACUUAUUUUAUGAUUUGAAAUGGAGGCUUGCCUCUUUUGAAAUGCUUUCAAAUUUGAUAAAGAUCCGUAAAAAAUGGAUAAAUGCCAUUAACACCAAGUCUGUCUUAAAUAAUGAACAUCUGUAAAAUUUAAAAGCUGCACUAAUGUGGUGUGGAAGACAGAUGUUUCACAAUAUUCCUGAAAAGAGCUUGGUGCCGUUUCAGUGGACACUCGAGGAGCUAUUUUUCACUGAUGUAUAUAUUAGGUUGUAAAAUAAAAAGACAUCAAAGAACUUCAGUCUGCACUUAGAUCAACACAGAAAAGCUGCAGCUUCAUUUCUGCUUUUUAUAUUUAUCAUCUAAAAAUGAUGAAGUCUUGAGUAACAUCUGGAGAAUCACAGCUGCAAAGAAAGAAAAACCUCAAGAUUGAAUCAAUCAAUAUUCAUUACAUGAGUGAUGGCAAAAUAUGAAACGAUAUGAAAUAUGAAAUAAAUGUAAUAUUUUUAAGUAUGUAUUUUGAAACAUUUCUUCAUUUGGUCUUUUUCACAAUAAAAGACAAAAAAACUUUCAAAUGAGCAAUAAAACCCGUAAAAUAAAUAAAACAAAAUUGGUUGAAAAAUGUUCAAAAGCUUAUUAUUAUUAUUAUCCGUUUCAAAUUUCUGCAAUAAUGAAUGGGCUUCCACACUUUUCAGGUCUAAGAUUUAGUUGUAAUUUUUAAAAGAGCACUGCAGCUUUAAGUUACUAUAUGUUUUGCCUUGUCCUGUAUAGAGUUAUUUGUAGUUUUCUGUGUUCAUGUAUUUCAUCUGAUGUGUUGGAUAGUUUGCAUGGUAGUUUCUUUUUUUCCUGAUAUUUUCCUGAGAAGUUGUGCUGCAAACAGUUAUUCUAUUCCUGUAUGAAUAUCAUUGCUUCAUUAUUAAAGUUUGCAAAAUUCUGA